AUUUUUAACUUUAUUGACAAGGUGAAGGUUAAGUGCACGAAGGAAAGGAGAGAUUGAAACAACCUAAGAAGUGGACAGAAGACAACAGACACUAUGAGUGUAUCUCAGCUGAAGCCCGUCCACGAUGUCCCAGAUAUUGACCUGGACGAUAUCGACAAACUCCUGGAAUCUCUGUCUCCCGAGGAACUAGAAGAAUUAAAUGGAAAUUUUGAUCCAGAUAAUGCCUUGCUUCCUCCUAGUCAACGAAUGAAGGAUCAGACCAAUAAGGUACCGACCGGGCCGUACCAGAGACAAAAGCUCCUACAGUUCCUGGAGAAAAAGGCGAAGGAAGAAAAGGACUGGGAGCAGAACAAGCCCUUUGUGAAGGAAAUUAGAGGGAAAGUGUGGAAACCAAAGGAGGAGCCGAAAUCUAAGGAGGAGCAGGAUCACUUGGAGACGGAAUGGGACGACAUUUUAACACAGGCCUCGGAGGAGGAACUGGUGGACCUGGCUGCCGUGUUAGGGUUCCAUGGGAUGCUGAAUCAGACGCAGUACUAUGCUGGACUGGAUAACAUGAAGUUAGAAGGAGGCGGAUUUCAAGGAGUUGCCAAAGCCCAGGAGUUGAUCAAAGUCCCAGACGAACCGCCGAACAAAACAGAUGUGGAGGAAAGCAUCAAGCGGCUGAAGGAUAAUGACUCCAAACUUACCCACCUCAACCUCAACAACAUCAAGAAUGUUUCGGUGGAAAGGUUGAUCGAGGUUUGUGAAAGCUUGAAAUCCAACACAACGCUGGAGACUCUAGAAAUGGCCAGUGUCAAUAUGACAGACAAAGUUGCUAAGAGUUUAGUAGAGGCUAUGGCUGAAAAUAAAACUCUAAAAGUUUUGAAUGUGGAGUCCAAUUUCAUCAGUGGGGAAUCCAUAGUAGAACUUAUGAAAGCUAUUAAUAAGAACCAGACACUACAGGAGCUGCGAGUAGCCAAUCAGAAACCAGAGGUUCUAGGAAACAAAGUAGAGAUGGCUUUAGUGAAACUCGUCGGGGAGAACAAGAAUCUGCUUCGGUUUGGAAUUGCUUUGGAAUUUCCGGAUGCCAGAGUCCGUAUUCACGAGAAACUCCAGGAGAACAACGAUAGCUGUAAGUCAGGCUCGCUAGUACUUGUUCUUCCAAAUACAGAGUCAAUAGUGUUGAAAUGCUUCAAUUUUAUAUUUACUAACUAUUUAAUCCAUGUGCACAUCUUGAUUUCUUUCUUGGGAGUGAGAGAGUUUUUUUUUUACUCCUUAAGAUAUUUUUUUUGUUUCUAUCCAAUCUCAAGGGAGGGGGGGGGGUAUAAGAUGAGUAUCUUCGACCUAUAAAAUGUAGAUUCUACUAGUACUUUUAAGACAUGCCUCAUCUUUUCAAAUCAAAGAAUUUUUCACCUAAAGUUACUAAUCUCAGGACUGCUUACAUUCUAAAGUUGCCAGUCUUAGGGCUUCCUACAUUCUAAAGUAAAUGUAAUAAUAUUUUUCAUGUUUCCUUUCAGUGAGGAAGAAACGAGUUGGAAAGGAUUAGCGACACUGACGUUUUUACUGAUAUUAGUCUGACCUUAACUUGUUGCCUAGAAACCUCAUCACAUGGUUUUCGUGUUGACAUGCUCCAAUGGGAUGUUUUUUUUUUUAUUUCGUGCUGCCGGCAGACAUUGUUAUACAGAAUCAGAGUGGACAGGAGUUCGAUUGGAUGAAGAAGCUUUUAGCGGUCAUCACAGUGAUGAAUUUAGAAUCUCUUUAGUGAUACGAAACGAUAAUCUUUCUCAGUGCUUGUAUACAAUAUUUCUCUUUGUAUUUCAACAAUCUACCUGCUUUACAGAAGCUUGUAUACUGUGAAUUUCAGAAUUUUAGUUUUCUGUUUAUUAAUGUUCAUUGUUAGGCUAUCGAAUUUAUGAUGGUAAAGUAAAUUUCUCCGAGAAAUGAUGCAAUUUAUCAUCUAUGAGUAAUUAAAAUCUGCCCACAAUGGAAAGUUAUGAAUGUAUUUUGGUAAGCAAUCAUUAUUUAUGUUGCAUUUUUGUUGUUAAGUGUUACACCGUGCAGAAAAACGUUGAAUUGUCUUACAAUGAUACUGCAGUUUUUAAAAUGUUUUGUAUCUAAAGUUAUAGAUUUGCUUAUCAUUUUAUACUGCUUGUUGCUAUAUAACUAGGCUGUGUUUUAUAAAUGAUGUGUUAAAACUUUGCAAUAGGAUUUCAGAGAAGGGUUUGGAUGGGUCUCAUUGUGUGUGUGUGUGUGUGAUAAUGUUUGACAAGUCUUAUUUCCUUGGCAUGAGGUUCUUACAGAAGAAACCACAGACUCGCUCUUCUCUCUUUUAUACAUGAGCAAUAAUGAUGAUUUUUUAUUGUUGGAAACAUUAACAGAGUAUAGAGUUUGAUUGCGUUGUUUGUUUAUGUAGUGUCCAUUAGAACAUCUUAUAUUGACAUGCCAUUGCCGGUUAUUCAACAUUUUUUUAUUUUAUCUUACAUUUAUUAUGUGUGUUUGUUAGGGCUUAUUCGAUCGAGGAUAACGAACUCCAAUACAAUAUCUGUAAUUAAUGAAUGUCACAUGCUUGUAUUUCUAUGAUACUGAAUUGCAAACAAAAAGACGUGUAAUUCUGACAAUAAUUACUGAAUUUUUUUAUUUUUACGAAAACAAAAUGAGAAUUAGACAAUUUCUACCAAGGCCUGUUAUUCAUGGUGUGUUUUGAUUGGUGUUGUUUUGACGCUAAAUAAUUAUCGAUAUUUUCUUGUUUGGAAAUCUAUACCUGUAUUUGACAUAUUGUGAUAGAUAUCGUACUGUGAGCGUGAUACCGUGAUACGGAAGCCCUGUCGUAUGAUGUUUUAUUUAGUUACCGUGACUACUGUUCACACAUAAGAGUGAUUGCCAUUUAGCGGAUGUUUCUCUAGGCAGAUUGAGAGGUAGAGGAUUCUAACUCCAUAAAUUCUGCAAAAGUUGAUAAAAUAUCUAGUCUAUAUAUAAGAGGGGUUCAAAUAUUUUUCUUAUUUAGAAAGCGCCACGAGAAAAGGCCAAAAUUUACACCCCACCGAAACACACAGCCCUAAACGGCUUUAUGGUGAUAGGGUGGAGACUGUUCGUCUGUCUUUUUACGAAAGAUCAUUCUUGUUUCCUCCAUGUUUUGAAACAUAACAAGCCCACAUUAAUAUUUAUUCGAAUCGACUAGUUUUCAUGUUACCGGGUGUCAUUUUUUGUACUUUACCAAUAUUUUCUUCCUGUAAAUUAUUAGGACUGUAAGUCAUCGGUUUUAUAUUUUAUCGAUACCUUCUCACUUCCUGUUUAUUAAGGUGGUGAUGCACUUCCAGGAUGGCUGUGAACCGAGUCUUGUAGAAGUCAGUAGCUGUGCAAUAAUAAUAAAUUAGAGAUCAUCCUU